UUGACUUCCGCGAUGGUUUUGAUUGGGUUGCUGCUGUCAUAGUCGUGGGAAUCCUGAUGGAUUUGACGUCUUUCGGGCUUAACUGGGCUGUGAUAACUCUUUUGGCUCUUUCAGGUCUUCUUUGUAUCGACACAGCAACUAAUGAAAAUAGUGCAGGUCCCACACCAUCCUCGCCUGUAGAAAAUGGUGCUUCAUCUCAACAGCAACUAAAUGUUACAAAUUCUGUUGGGCCAUCUUCAGAAGACCAAGUUUCUUCUGGGAAUCAAAAUGAGUUCUGCCCUGAUGGAGUCGAGUGUCACAAACUAGGAGCCGAAUGCAUUAACUGUAACCUCAACACAAACUGCCAGUAUGGAAGUAAAGAGACGGCUCAGUGCACUGUGAAGAGUGAAAUUGAUUGUACAGUAAGUUUUGUUUUUGCCAUUCUGUUGCCUUUAGUAUACAAAGUUAAACUAAUCAAUAGAUAAAGAUGACCAUGACAA